AUGAAACCAGAACCUCAAUCACCAGACCAGCAAACCAAAGCAUCUAAAUCCAGGUUUUCGAUAUCAGAAGACACUGCACUUAAAAUGCUUGUGUCUAAAUAUGGAACAGAUAAUUGGGAACUUAUUUCUCAAUGGAUCGGAACCAAAAAUGUCAGACAGUGCCAUGAUAGAUGGUUCUAUUAUCUAUCACCAGAAAUCAAUAAGAAUCCUUGGACAGAAGAAGAAGACCAACGUUUGAUUCAGCUGUCAAACCAGUAUGGAAGGAGGUGGGUUCAGAUUGCUAAGCAUUUCGAAGGAAGGACGGAUACACAAAUUAAAAACAGAAUGAAAGUCCUCCAACGUCGAAUUGUGAAUGAGCAAGUAAUAGAGACCCCAAAUCCAAUCCAGAAGCAAGACAUUCCUGCCGUGUUGUUUGCUAAUGAUCAUAUUAUUGAUGAUUUGUUUAAUGAAAUUAAUGAUCAAAUCAUUCUCUUUUAA